AACGGAAGUCGUCAACUGACGCUGAGUGGCAGCUGCUAUCAGGGCACUGCAAGCUGACUGAUAUCUCCAAACAUUAUUGAAACUUUUACUUCGAUAUGCCUAGGAAACAGACAUUAGUGGCUAGACGAGAUCUACCAAUAUUUAUAAAGCAGGAACCAUCAGAUAUUGGAUCUAAUUCUCAACAGUUAUUGAACCUACCAAGCAUUUAUCCACGUCAAGGAUCACAAGUAGCAACAUCGACAACAAAGACUGGUGACUUUUCGGCAUACGAUAGUAUCGAAAUAAAACAAGAGUACGAUCAUUCAACACCUCAAGAUGCAAAUUUAUCUGGAUUUCAGUUAAUUCAAGAACUCGAAAAACCACAGGUAGAUUUUAAUCAUAUAUUGCAUUUUCUUUCUUGGAAUGAAUGCACACUUUUUGGCCCCGCCCACUUUCGCACUCUUUGACUACUUCUUAUGUGAGUGUGAUGAUCCUGAUAUGAAUUAUAAUACUUAUUUAUUAUUGCAAUCGACAUACACAAUUCAUUAAAAAGAUGCCAUAUGGUGUCAGCCAACUCACUGUCUGAACUAAAUGAAUAACGUUAAUUACUUUUUCCACAGGCUAAAUGAAACACCCAAUUUAAAUUAAAAAUUACAGCAUUGGGCCAAUAAUUAUUAAUAAUAGUAUAUGAUUCUUUGUCUUAUUCUUAACUUUAUUUCGACCCGUGAUUAAUGUAAUUUAGUAUGGGCUAGUCCAAGGGCCUGGCGAUUUUAACUUGAUCUUGUCUACUUCAUAUAAUUCUUUUAGUCUAAUUACUCUUAAUAUUUUAAAUAAAUUAAAAAAAAAAUUAGUUUUAGCUUAGUCUGCCUACUAAGUUACUUGGCUUUAACAAAGUUAACACAGUAUUUGGGCCCUACUCCCAACAAAAAAGGCUUACUUAAAUUGAGUAGGUUAGAAACAUCAAAGUGAGAUAAUUUUUUUUUAAAAAGGUAGUCUCUAGGCCUAACAUGACAUGUGUUAGUCUUACUACUUACUAAGACUACUUAGAGUCUUAGUAACUUAAUAAUCAAGUUAAUUAUCUUAAAAGUUCUGUAAAAUUUGAGUAGUAAGCAUUGACUUUGUAACAUAUUGUAUGUAAUUGUAUCUUACUAAGACACUUUAGUAAGUUAAGUAACUUCUGCUUGGCUUAACUAACUGCCUCUUGUAACUUAGUAAGUAUAAAUUACAAAUUGACAAGCCUAAUUAUUAGAAAACGAAUUUAUGACAUAACAAACGUGUUAGAAGGAAUCAACCACAUACAGAAAAAAUCUAAAAACAACAUGCAAUGGAGAUGGGUUUUAAUAUUAGGUUAAUAGACGUAGGUCUAAAUCUAGGCUAAUUUUUUUCUGAACUAAAAAUACUAUAUUAUUAAUAUACUCCUUUCAAUGUAAUCAAGCAGACCUGCUGGUAAGGCAAGGUUUAGUGAUAUAGAAGACUAACUUAAUUAAAAUUAAAAUGAUUCAUUUCAUUUUCACAUCUAUUUAUGGGCUAUUGGACAGGAUGUACUGCUUUCUUUUAUUUUUAUCAAUAAUUUUAAUUUAGGUCUAAUCCAUUAAUCCAUGCCCAGGUUAGUACAUUUCAGUUAUUUUAAGAGCUAGCUUGUUUGAAAGCUAGUUUAAGUAUAAGGAAAAUAAGUAAAUGAAUCAGUAUAAUUGAUGAUUUAUGCCAGUUCAGUUAAGCUAAGUAGUUAAGCUGAGAUAUUCCAAUAAAUGAUAUGUUGGUCUGAAGGAUCACUGCUUGUUACUGGCACCUGUAUUUUUUCAGUAUGGACCUCAUUGUCAUAGAAAGAACGCCAUACCUUGUAAUGUUAACACUGAUUUAAGAUGAGAUUAAAAAUGAUUAUAUUCAGUUAUAUAUCUGUCAUAUGGCAUAUACGAUAUGCAACUAUUGUUAAGAUAAUGAACCUGCCUUAGCAGUGAAAGAUUAAUUUUGGAUAAUUGUUUUGUUUCAAAUUAUAGUCAUUAAGUAGUUGCUAGUUCAGUGCAUAUGAUGAAGUGAAUUCCAUCAUAGCUGACAUAACUUUCAGAAAAAAUAAUUUCUAUUUGUAUACAAUAUGAAUGGAAAAUGCCUUUACCUUUACAUAUGCUUAAUUUAAUUAUACACGGUUUGGGUUUUAAUAGUAAAAAUUUUAAAAAUAAUUUUGGAAUUGUAACUGAUGUAACAUGAAAAAAACGUUUGAGCUAGCUUCUUUUUUUGACAAUUUCCUCUGAAAUCUGCUUUGCAUGAAAUAUAUUUUUUAAAACUAUUAUCUUCAGUUUAAAUACUUGUCUAGGGAAAACCUUUAAAAACUACUUGGAAAGCAUGUUUAAAAAACAAGACUCCAAGAUGUAGCUGAUGUAAAAUGACUUUGUAACUGACUUAACGGGUUUGAAUACUGACCAUGACAAUGAAUUGUCUAUAUUUAUUAGAUAUAAACACAAUAAAAUGUUACAAAAUUCGAUUAAAAUGUGCAGACAUUUUCUUAAUUGAAGAGGACCACCAGGUCAUGUGUCACACAAAACAAAGAUACUAAAAAUGACCCCAUGCCAAUAUGCAUGACAUAUCAUUAAUAUAGCACCAAAUUUUAUGCAAAUUAAAUUUUUGAUGGUGUAACUUUUACAUGGAAUAAUUACACCACAUGUGUGUGGACAAAGUUAUGAAUUACGCUAUGUGCCCUAAGACUGUGUAAUCUUUUGUUUUUAAAACUUUAAUAAUAUUGUGUUGUAAGGACUGUUUUACUUGUAAACGCAAAGGCCUAAUGUUGUUAAUUGUUGUUAUGCUUGCAAAUCAUUAAAAGGUGAUGAAUACAUUAAAAAAACUUAUAGCAAAUGGGCCUUGAAGUUAGAGGAAUAGCCUAAACAUACGUGGUACCGGUACAAAGAAAUACAUAUCAUGGUCAUAAAUUUAAUUAUUUUCAACAUGCUGAUGUCCAUUGCCCCAACAAUGAUUACAAUCGAACCUUGUAAUAUUGAUAGGAAGAGUACAUAGUUUUAUUUCCCAUCACAAAUGUAGAUAAUGUUUGACCAAUAAAUUGACAUGAUACAUAAUGCACUUUAAAUAGGUCAAGAGAAGACUUGAAUUGGAUCAUGAGAUCACUGUGGAAGCUUUCAAGACACCAAAACCUUGUAAGAGAAAAAAGAGCCUAGGAGAGUCACCUAGAGGUAACAUUUGAAAAUAAGUCAAGUAACACUUGUGAUCUGUGAGUUGAUCACUUUCCCAUACACUUAUCUCUCACUAGUUCCUGUAAUCCUAACUUGCCGUUAUCAAAGAUUGCAGUAGUGGAUAAAAUAAAAAUAAACUUCAGGACAAGAUGAGGCUAGUUCUUACAUGAUUGUAAUGUAAUGAGCCACUUUUAAGAGUUAUCAAUCAGACUUAUUCACUUUGAAGACAAUAAUAAUUAUGUUAUUGAAAUUCCUGUUUGAUAUCUCAGAGUGUUAUUUAGGAUGACAUUGUUUACUUGUGUAGAUACCAUAAUAAUUGUUAAUUUGAGAGGCAUUGAAAAUAAAGGCUUUAAAAAAAAAAUAGGUCCAGUUAUCAGCUAUUCAACAUGUUUGGACAAGUAAGACAUUUUUUAGUGGUAUAAGGAUGAUCAAGAUUGAUAUUUGAACACUCCAAUUGUUGUGGCUUGAUAGGUGCAAGAUCACCACUAGAGAAAACACGCUAUGAUACGUCUCUGGGACUGCUGACCAAAAAGUUUGUUGGCUUACUACGAAGUGCUCCUGACGGGGUGGGUAUUUUUUUUCCAAUUAAAAAAAAAAAGGUUCUCAAACUGUGACAUUUUAUUUUUAAUGUCAAGUUAUUUUCUGCACUGAUGAAGUAUUAGGUAAAAUGAAAUAAUAUACACAAAUUAUAUGUGGGGGUUGGUGUGUGUAGAUGCAAUUUUCUUACUGGUGAAACAAUUUCUUUCUUAAUAGGUUGUGGACUUAAACAAAGCCUCGGAGAUUCUUGAGGUACAGAAACGAAGAAUUUAUGACAUAACAAACGUGUUAGAAGGAAUCAACCUCAUACAGAAAAAAUCUAAAAACAACAUACAAUGGAGGUGGGUUUUAACAUUAAUAAAAUAUUUUUGUUUUUACGUAAGAUUCCAAAUAAAAUUGGAAUGCCAGAUGUGGUUGCUACAUUUUGUUUAAGAUUUGGAUUACUUGAUAUACAUUUUAUGACAAUUAGUGCUUGUCAAAGCAAUUUUAUACAGCUUUUUUGGGGUUAAUAAUUGUGAUGAAUUACUAUUAAUUUCAGGGGUGCUGCAAACACAUUUACAUCAUCAGGAGAGCCCUCUAUACCCCAGGUCACACAAAUAAGUACCGCCAGUGUAGACUUGCAUUCAGGUAUUAACAUUCCUUUUUGUCUAUGUGAGUUUAAAAAAAGUAAUUUUCUAACCAAAUCUUAUAGGUAGCAGGUUUACAGUUGGUACAACUUUCCUUUUUUCUUUUUUUCAGAUAUGGCCGAGCUGAGGUCCAAAGAAAAUGUGUUGGACAAAUUAAUUGCAAACACCACCAGAGCUUUGAGAAAUUUAACAGAGGACUCAGAGAAUGCUAGAUAUCCUUUUAAAGAAGUUUAAAAAAAUGUGUUUAUCCUGAUUGUUUUUAUUUAAUAUGCUGAAACAGGCUUUGUUAAAAUGUGAUCCAAACCACCAAUUGUUUGGAUCAGUUGAAGACACUUAUCUCUAUUAAAUUUAAACUAUCCACUCAUCUUGAUUGACUUACUAAAAUUCAGGUGAUGAAUGUGCCGUAAUAACUUACCAUUCCUUAACCAUCUUACAUUGGCCUAUGUCACAUAUCAAGACAUCAGAAGUCUGAAUUCCUUAAGAGAGCAGACUGUCAUAGCCAUCAAAGCUCCACCUGAGACAAGGUUGGAAGUACCUGAUCCUGAGAAUGUGAGUGAUGGAAAAUCUUAAUGGAGAUAAUUCUUUUAUUUAAAAAAAUAAUUCUGUAAGCCCUUGUGUUACACAUUGAACAAAAAGGCCAGCACUGAUUUGGUGUGCAAGGCCUAGCACUAAUUUGAUGUUCUUCAAAAUGUAAGAUAUUUUCUCAAUUGAAAUCUAAAAUUAAAGAUGUUUUUAUUGUGGACACUAGUAGCAUUAUUUUAAAACAACAAAACAAUAGGAUGGGUGGAAAGGGGGGGGGGAUGUUUGAAUCAAUAGAAGAUUCUUUUGUCAAAGGCUGCACUAUUCGUACCCGGGUACCAGAAGUGAGAGGUUGGGAUUAAAAAAACUAUUUAAAAUUUUAUUGUUUGGUUUGUAAGACGAAAUGAGGUAUCAAAUGAAAGAUAAUUGAAUGAACUAUAUUUUUGUAAACUUACUUCUUCAGUUUAACUAAAUUAAACUUCCACAAAUGACAUCCGAAUAGCUUGAGUCUAAUGGUACCCAGGUGCGAAUGGCGGCACUGCAUGUCUGGGGCCAUUUUGACACAGUGCUAUUCGGAUGCCAUUUGUGUUAGUUUAUUUUAGUUAAACUCAAAUAAUAAUAUGACAUAUGGGUAUUUUUCCAGAACAUUCAGAUCUGGUUGAAGAGCACCCGCGGUGCCAUAGAUGUCUUCCUUUGUCCAGAUGAUUUACCUGGCGAUGAGACCACAUCCAGUGGAAGCUCUGAUUCUACAGCUUCCGCUAGUGAUGGGCAAGAUGAGGUUUGUUAUAAGAGAAGUCUUAAAAUGGUAACAACACAUUCUUCAUCCAAUAUAUGGUGAGGCUAGAAACUGCGAAUUACCUUAAUUUAUCCCCCUGGAGCAAAAAACAGUCUAUUUUGUAUGUUUAAUCUCAUCCAUUUGACCUGAUCAUCUUUUUGAAUACUAGGUUGAUGGGCUCUUGUCAAGUGACACUGGCCGUGACAACAAUCUUGACCCUGUCAGCAAGCCAUUUGGUUCUGGGGAGGAAAGGUUGUCAGAUAGGUUAAACAGCAAUGAGUCAAUCAAACAAGAACUUUUUUCAGAGGAAUCAACAUCAGCUGAUGACAGUGAGUGCAAUCAUCAUAUAAGCUAGUGUGACAUGACUUAAGAUAAUGUGACAUGACUUAGCUAGUGUGACAUGACCUGACAGAAUUCCCCGGCUGCCAUCCUCCAUUACUAUUAGCAGCUAAUCAUUUACAAGGCGUUUGGUAGUCUGCGUGUCAGCUCUCUAAAAGAUGAAAUCAAAUUGUGUAAGUAAAACAGUGUUGUUAAGCUUUACUUACAUUAGAAAGUACAUCCUAGUUUUGAACUUUUAUUAUCUUUUUUUAUUGCCAGCUCUCUUAAGGAGUGAAAUUUCUCCCAUCUGUGGUUCUUCCUUGCUCCAUACCACAACGGACCAGGACAUGCCCUUCAUGCAGAUUAAUCCUACAUUUAAUCUUGACGAGGAUUACUUGUUCAACGUCAGUGAAAAUAGUUUCAGUGAACUUUUGGAUGCAUACGAUCUUGGAUUUUGACGGCGAUCUUUUUGUGCCUCUGUUACAAGUUUUACAAACCUUCUGAAAUUAUUAUUCACCACAUGGAAGAAAGAAAAAGCUUAAACAAUUAAGCUAGCCAUUAAAAUACACAAAUGGAUAUGAUCAAACAGUGCUGAUUGGAAGAAAUAGAGUAGUGCUUCUCUCACAGUGAAUGCUAGGAUUUCAUCACAUUGAUACCUCAUGGAUUUACAGAAGAUUCAUUGAAGAACAUGGGUGAGUGUAGCAUUGUGUGAGCAUUUGGGAAUAUUAAAUUUAUACCAGCUAAUUGAUUUCUGGGCUCCACAACAAAUCUUGUAAAUCGUAAUUAACUUCAUGAUCGUUGUUAACCACUUGAUUUAAAACUUUGAACUUUUUAUUAGUUUACUGCAAUUUGACAAUCCAAUCUCUUUUUUUAAUUCUAGAGUAAGCUUAUCAUAAAUGUCUUAUUCAGAGGAGGCUGUGUAAUUCACCUAGUAUGAAAAGACCAAUGUGCCUUAAAGUAUUAAAAAUCUGUCAUUUAAAUUUAAAAAAAAACAAACACAUUUUCCACAUCUUCUGCUUAAAUUUUUUUUUUUUUAAAGCCAAAUUAAAUUAUGGACCGCCAUUGCCUAAUGUGAUGUAAAAAUAACUAAAAUUUAUUUAUUACUUCUGACUUGUUUUUGGUAAGGCUUUCUCAUUCCUCAUUGGUGGAAAGCUUUUGUUUCUGAUCUGAAAUUUCCAUGAUUUCUUUGCGUGGUCUGAGUUAUUCAGAGGUUUAGUUGGAAAUACAUUAUUUUGUCCCUAAGUGACAUUAAGUAUACGGUUCAUAGUGAAGAUAUCCUCCAUCAGAAUGUACAGCAUAUGAUGUGAUUUACUAUGUAUUUCAAAGGAUUGUAGUGACAACAUUAAUAUUUAAACAAAAUAGAAAACCAGGGGAUUUUCGUUUUCUCCAUAUUUAAGAUUUUUUAUAUUUUGGCUUCUGUUUUUUUCACAGUUGGGGUUAACAUACAUAAAUAAUUUUUAUCCAUUCAAACACAUUUGCAGUCAAUUUUUAUGUAAUUUAACUAAAAUGCUUUUUGAUAUCCAUAAUAAUUUUUAACCAAAGUUUUAUCUUGUCUCUAGCUUAUUUAAAGAUGAAUUAUGUAUGCACAUUUCAUACAGUCAUAUGUAUAUUUAUAUAGAUAGAUAUAAAAAUAUACACUUUUUUCUUACAAGCUUCCAGUACAAGCCAUAUUUUCAACUAAUUUUUAGUAUCAAAUAGCUGGACUUGGCAGCAAGCUAUUAAGACUUCUUGAAUAGUUCUACCUUGCUUGUUUGCUUUCGUAGCAAAUUUUUACUUCUUUCAAUCCAUAAUUUUUCUGUUAAGAUCAGCAUAUUUCAUAACACAUAUGUAAAUUACUUUUUCUUUGUAUAUAUUUGUACUAAUGUAACGUAAUUUAUGAUUAAAAUGUAAGUGAUAUGCCUGUUAUUUGUUUAAAAUAUUGCUUUGCUGUAUUAUUAUUUUUUUUAAAAGAUGGGGUGGGGAGGUUUGCCAUUAGGAAGCGUUUUGGGGCUUUCCAGUGUCAACUACUUAAAAAUGCAUUUUAAAAAAAAAAAUGGAGUGUAUAUAAUCUAUUAUUUAAAGCAAUAAGCAGCUCUUGAUUUUCAGACGGCUGCUAGUGUGAGAGUGCUGGUUGAAUAUUCGUGUCCUGACUUUUCAAUAUUAAAUGUUAGAUUUCUUGUAUCUGUUAAAACAAUUUUUUUAGUAGGCAAACCUGUUAAUGUUUCAAUAGGACUAAAAUAUUUUUUUUAAGCCAAAAAACUCCAGAAACUAUUUUAUUUCCUCACUAGCCGUUAUUUUUACAAUUAAUGAUUAAAUCAGAGAUGUAAAUGCCACAUGUUGUCAAGUACAGUAAUACCCAGAUUUUUCCGUAAUCAUUAAGGAAUAUUGUCACUGGUGGCUGAUCCUCACUAAAGUCUUACCCACGCCUCUGUGCUGUUCCACAAAAUGUCUAGCUUUUAACAUUUUAUUUUCAAGUGUACAGGACAGCUAUAGCUAGUAUUACACUUGCCUUUGGUUGGGUGCAUUAAAAGACGGCUAUAGCUAGUAUUACACUUGCCUUUGGUUGGGUGCAUUAAAAGACGGCUAUAGCUAGUAUUACACUUGCCUUUGGUUGGGUGCAUUUGUGAAGUUAUAUUUCAAGUAUGCAGAAUAAUAAAAGCAGAUAAAUGGGCUUCAAGGCGUUAACAAUAGAACUGUGUGUUAGAUGGACCUUAACUUUUGUUACAGGCUUUAAGGGGAGGAUGAAUGUUAGUGAUAUAGCGUAGAAUUGUGUUAGUGAUAUAACGUAGAAGUUGUGUUAGAGAUACAGCGUAGAAGUUGACCUUUUUCAAUAAAAGAUAAAGAGCUAAUCGUUUGUCGUCAACCCAGGUGAGUAGGAAACAUCAAUAAAAAAAGUGUUAUUUACCAAUAAAUAAAAAAAAUUCUUAAUUAUUAAUGAAUUUAAUCUCUAACCUAACCAAUUUUUUUUUAAUGGCUUAUCCCCCAACCCAUUAUGCAACUUGAAUUGAAGGUAUUACUGUACUGUAUGAUGGUUCUUAUGAUUUGUGUUUUUAUAGAUCAUUUAUCUGCCACAGUAUCAACUGUACAAGGAUCAUCAUUCAAAAAUUGCUUUAAUAUUUGAGUAGGCUUUCUAGAAUUAACUUAGUUGAUUCUGUCACAUUGUGCAUUGUCACAUAUAUGGCAGUGCCUUGUGUAAUGUCACAUAUAUGGCAGUGCCUUGGGCCUUAGAAGAGUUAAUGCGCUCAGGGUGCAAUAUGUUUUUUUUUUCUUGUACAUUGAGUGAAACCUGGAAAUAACGCAAACCGUUGGGACCGAAUCAAAAGUUGUACUAUUUUAUGGGUUGGUGGGACCAAAUAAAAGUAGUGCUAUUUGAUGGGAUGGUGGGACUAAAUAACAGUAGUGUUAUUUGAUGGGAUGGUGCUCUUUGCAGGUUCAGUCAGUGUUAAAAAUAAUAGUUCUGGGCCAGGGGGAGCUAGUAUAUAUGCCAUGAACAAGCUAUUUCGUGGUUUGUUUUUUCCCAGAUUUUACUGUACAUAGUUAAAGAAAGACUGCUCUAGUUAAAAUGUGUUCAUAAAAUUUUUAUCCAUGAAACAUUGCAUGUAUAUGAUUUGUGCCAUCAAUAAAUAAAUUUGUUAUUGUCUAUUACUCCCAUGAUCUGAUGAUCUGCUUUUUUAUCUUUUUUUUUUUUUGUAACAAAUGAAUAGCACUGGUUUUAAUUUAUUUAUUUCCAAAUUUUCAACUGUCUCAGCAACCCAGGUCAUUUAGUUUAGGGGACUGUUCCUAGGCAACCGUUUCAUCCCAGCUACGGUGUCACUUAAAUCACAAAGUAGAAACCACGCAUAGAAAUCUCUAUUAGAGGUCAUCUGGCGUCACCCCUGGAUGGGAAGGGAUGUUUUAAGGAACAUUAAAAUAUAUCCAUCCGAGCCCCUAGAAAGUUCGACUGCAGUUGCUGCUACAGCUGACCAGGUGUUCCUUUGUUGAUGCCGCCCCACUCCCAUGGUCAAUCGAGUGGAAGGCGGGUUGGGCUGUCUCAGCGAUGGAGUGCCUCCGGUGUGCUGCUUUGCGGCCUAUCUAAUUAGCUCUGUUUGGAUCAGUGGAAAUAGGGGGUAUGUCAGGGUGAACCUAAUGAGCUCUGGCCUUACAGUCUGGUGUUUUUCUUAAGAGAUUAGAGUAGUAGAGAAAAUUAAAUUUCUUCUUUGAAAAAUAUUUAUCUUGGUCCUCAAAAAAAUAAAAAUGUACAUUUUAUUUGAAGGAAAUUAAUUGAAACGGGCAAGAAAAAGUUGUCUUAAGGUAUUAGUUUCUGAAAGUAAACAUUGCACCAUUAAUGUAGAUAGAACUUACCGCUUUGUUAUUUAUUCUUCAAAUUUAUGGCAAACUGUCCCUCUCUCAACCUGUGGCAAAGUAUUUCCCAAAUUUUCUAUAACCCGCACCCCUUAUAAAUAAUUGGAAUAGUCUCGCGCCCCUAGAAAAAAAUAAUGCAUUUUUUUAAUUGGAUUUCUAAUUCGUUGAAUUGCAAAGAAAACUAGAACUUAAAAAGUAAACUUUUCACAUUAUGCAUAUAGUAAUGUGUUAUUUGAAUAAAUAUGUUAAAUUGUAUAUAAAUAUUUAUAUCAUAUCUCAAGAGCUUAUGUCUUCUCUGUUAAGUCUCUUUCUUGGCACCCCCUGAAAUGCCAUCUUGCAGCCCUUGGCAUGCUGACACCCCAGGUUGGGAAACAUUGCAUAGGAUGUGUGGGUCACUCAGGUUUCAAGCGUUUUGUUAAGGUUGAUAUAAGUAAAAGAAUGGCAAGGGUUAAGUUGUGUGCUUGACAUGACUAUGGUUAUUAGCCUGGGUUUAGCCUGGGUUAGGAUUAGGUGUGUUCUUGACAUGACAAAAGUUAUUCUUGUUUAGCCUGGCUGUGUAGAUUUUUGAUCCGAUGAGGAAACAACUUGGUUUGGGGAUUAUUGAAUUGAAUGCUACCGCCGUUUCCAAUUAGUGCAAAGUGCAUUGGUGCCGUAAUGGUAGACCAUGUUCAGUUCAAGAAUCACUGUGCUUUGUUGUUACACCAAUAUCUGACAUCCUGUGUACAUAAUGAUAUCAUUGUUAUAUAUAUAUUUAACUGGGCUUGUGAAUGCCUGUCAAGAUUGAUAAAUGUGUGUGUAUGUAUCAAAUAGAUGUGUG